CAGCAGCAAAUACCAAGUUGGGACCAACGGAAGUCUCUCAGUAAUCAGGAGGAAGUCUGAUCAAUACUCGGGCACUGUUACGUACACCAGAGAAUCUGCUUCUGCUACGACAUUGCUUCUUCCUGCCCCCUAGCAGUGUGUGGCCUUGGGGAUGAUGUGCUGCGCUAUAUAGGAGGUGGAAAGUUAACACGAGUCCGGACGUGGGUGAAACAGCUUUCCUGAAUCAGCAGCCAAGCCGUGGUGGGACUCCGCAGAGAUGCAGCUGUCUUUGACUGAACCACGUUCCGGGAUACCGUUCCUACUACUGGUCUACAACCUGCUCCUUUGGGAGAAUGUGGUAUCAGUACCCAUGUGUGCAAUGAGGAAUGGCCGCUGCUUUAUGUCCUUGGGAGACAUGAUUGAGACAGCAGGUGAUUUGUCUCAUGACAUCAGUGAACAAAUUUCAAAACUGCUUGCUCGAUUUGAAAAACACUAUGCUGGAGUCCCUAAUCACAAUGACACAAGCCUCAUCAGCUGCCACACUUCUUCCCUCUCUAAUCCAGAGAGCAAGGAAAAAGCCAUGCACACUCCCUAUGCAGUCUUGCUGAAUUCAGUGCACACUCUUUUGGCUGCUUGGGAACACCCAAUGGACCAUAUAGUGAGUAAAAUAACUACUUUGAAGAACAUCUCUGUUGCUCUCAUCUCCAAAGCCAACAGAAUAAAACAAAUGAAUUCUGGACUACAGGAAGGAGUUAACAGCCUCAUUGACCUGAUUCUGCAUGGAGAGGAACAAAAUGAGAAGUACCCUCUCUGGUCUGGACAGGCAUCCUUGCAGUCAAACGAUGAAGAAACUCGAAUUCGGGCUUUUCACGGCAUGAUCAGCUGCCUAUACAAUGACUUUAAGAAGGUUGACAUUUAUCUCAAUGUGCUGAAGUGCAAGAACAUCCAAAACAGUUGUUAA